AUGCCGAGUUGGACGGUGGCGCAACCGGCGGCUGGCAUUGGCGCGCUGCAGGUGCGCUGGCGGACGUACGGAAACGAGUACCAGCCGAGCAACCUGAAGCGCAAGAGACGGCACGGGACGGGACGGCGGGUGCUGACCCGUCGCAAGCUCAAGGGGCGCAAGUUCCUGUCGCACUAAACAGCUUUAUGCUUUUCGGAAAUACAUGACUAGCAAAGGGAG